AUGGCGGAUACCACUGAUGCAUCGAGUGUGCAAUCCCCCGCAUCGCCCGCAUCGGGGUACAGCAAGCAUAUCGUGUUAACCACCUAUCCCGGCCAAAGCGGUAUCGACCCCGUUCCCCUCGAAUGGGGCGCUCCCGACGCCAAAUCCCGCGGCCCCGUCAUCGUCUCUCGCAGUGGGGGACUGCUCAAACGACGAAAUGCCAUGGGAGCUCAUGGCGGAAGUUACAGUAUCUACAAUGCUCUGGCCAUCGCAGCGGGCGAUCUCGAUCCCAAUUUCCGCCCGGACUUUCGGAACAGCGAACCGACGUUCAACUUCCCCUGGCAGCCAGCCUGGGCGGAUAAAACAAAGAUUGUCUCCAUGGACCCGUUUGGCCAUGAUAUCGUGAAUCAGUUUCGCGAGCAGCUGAACGCUGGCUGGGAUAUUCGGCCCACUAUGGCGGUCACGCGUGCGAAUAUGAAGCUCGCGGAGAUCGGGGAGGCGAUCAAGAACGGUCAGCUUGAUGUGGAUGGGUCUAUAGUGGUUGACGGUUCUGGAGAAGUCCGCGUCACCAAGGUUGCUGUCGAGCCGGUCUGGUAUCUGCCGGGUGUGGCAGAGCGGUUCGGCACGGACGAGGGAACAUUGCGUCGGACUCUCUUUGAACAUACCGGUGGGAGCUACCCGGAAUUGAUCACCCGGCCUGAUUUGAAGGUCUUCCUUCCCCCCAUUGGGGGGCUGACUGUCUACAUCUUCGGGUCACCGGAACGUGUGUCGGACGAGAAUGUGAGGCUGGCCCUGCGCAUUCAUGAUGAAUGUAAUGGGAGCGAUGUCUUCCAGUCCGACAUCUGUACAUGCCGGCCGUACCUGGCGUUUGGUAUCGCGGAAGCCAUCCGUGAGGCUCAGAAUGGUGGCAGUGGAGUUGUCAUCUAUUUCCGAAAGGAAGGACGUGCGCUGGGCGAAGUGAUCAAGUAUCUGGUAUACAACGCUCGCAAGCGAGGCGGAGACACGGCCGAUAAAUACUUUACUCGAACGGAGAACAUUGCGGGCGUGAGAGACAUGCGCUUCCAAGCUUUGAUGCCCGACAUUCUUCACUGGCUAGGCAUCAAGAAGAUUGACCGGAUGCUGUCCAUGUCCAACAUGAAGCAUGAUGCCAUCGUCCAGUCUGGGAUCAAGAUCAUUGAGCGUGUGCCCAUUCCAGAGGACAUGAUCCCGAAUGACUCGCGCGUGGAGAUUGAUGCCAAGAUCAACGCUGGAUAUUUCACCACGGGAAGGCAAUAUACGCUCGAGGAGUUGGCCGAGGUGAAGGGACGCGGCUGGGAGAAAUGGGAGGAUGUAACGGUGACAUUGAUUGACUAUACGACGACUUUCGUGCGAUCCUCUUACGACGAAGUCUGCAACGUGCAGGAGAAGAAGAAAUGGGUGCAAACGUCAUCUUGUUUGUUUAUUUGCAAUCAGCCUGAGUAG